CUGUUGAACUGGAUCUUCCGGUGGGCUCCAAUGCUACUCUGAGAUCCAAACUGGAAAAACUGGAGGAGGAUCAUGUUGUCUCCUGGUCAUUCGGCAAACUGUGUCCUGAAAGAGAAAUCGCCAACAAUAAAAAAACUCCAGUCAUCAUGGAGAUAUUUUUGAUAAUGUGAUUCUUAAUCUAACUAAUGGAGACCUGACAAUCCCUCAGAUCACAAAAAGCUUUAGUGGAAAAUAUUAUUUUAGGAUAUUAAAGGGUGGAUAUCCAUACAUUUCAGGAACAUAUGAUGUCAGCGUGUUCGAUGGUUAUGUGAAUAUUCGGUGGGCUCCAAUGUUACUCUGAGAUCCAAACUGCAAAAACUGGAGGAGAAUAAUGUUGUCUCCUGGUCAUUCGGCAAACUGUGUCCUGAAAGAGAAAUCGCCAACAAUAAAAAACGCCACAGUCAUCAUGGAGAUAUUUUUGAUAAUGUGAUUCUCAAUCUAACUAAUGGAGACCUGACAAUCCCUCAGAUCACAAAAAGCUUCAGUGGAAAAUAUUAUUUUAGGAUAUUGAAGGGUGGAUAUCCAUACAUUUCAGAAAUGUACGACGUCAGCGUGUUCGAUCCGGUUUCUGUUCCCAACAUCACCAAGUUGACGGUUCCACCAACCCACAGUGGCUGCAGCCUGACCUGUUCAGUGGACAACGGGCCUGGAGUGAACCUGACCUGGUUCAGAGGAAACGCCAACGUCAGCUGCAUCAGCAACCAGAGCGUCUCCGUCCUCGCUCUGCCGCUGCACAUCCAGGCGGAGGAUUCCUCCACCUACAGCUGCCAGGCACAAAACCCCGUCAGCAAGCAGAGAAAAGCUCUGGACUCCCAGCGCCUCACGUGUCGCAACGCAGGAACAGCGAAGCUUUGGGUUGGACCGGUGAUUGGGGGUAUUAUUGCUGCCACUCUGGUCAUCAUUGCUGCUGCAGGUCUUUUCACCUAUUGCAUAAAAAGGAAAAAAGGUUGUCAUGUUAGAAAUCGUCUAAGAUCUCAGUCAAACCAAGAGACUUCGCCUCAGAACUGCAGCUCCUCUCUGACAAGUGAAGAAUAUCUGCUGCAAAACGUUCAAGGAUCAAGUUAUGAGACAGUAAAGUGACGUGGUUCACUGACCUGCUCCACCCAAAGGGAAGAGAUGGAGAACAUCGACCGCUGUUGAUCUCACAGAGAAACUGAACAUAAACAAUUCAAUGUGAUUUUAUUUUAAUCUUUGAAUGUAAAUCCCUUACAUGUUUCAUUUCCAUAUUUUAA